AUGGCAUCUCAGCGAGCACAAAAUCAACUCUCCAAACAACUGGACAUCAACGCCCCCGGCACUGCACCUGUUACCGCAAGAUUCGUUCCAGCAAUUCUUCAAAACCCUACCCCUCAACAGCCCUUCCCUAGUUAUACUAUUGGAUACAAUCCACUCAAUGAACCCGACACAGUUUCACAGGCGAUUCCUCCACGACCAGCAAACUCUCAGGGCUCAGGGCAUCCUUUUCACAUGCUCUCGGACGAAAACCUUCACCCUGUCCUUUUCCGCCUUGAGCCAGGCCCAGAGGCUCUGGCUGGAGUCCCCGUGCCUCUGUUGGUGGACCAGCAGACUGGUCUCAUUGAGCAUGGAAACGGCGGGCGGCCGCUCCGAUUUUUCUCCCACCUUCCCCGCUGGGUCGCCGCCGACGUUUCGGGCAUGUUGAUGGAGUUCUGGAUCCGACUUGACCAACGCGUCGAAAUGUCCGACAUCCUUGACCGAAUCAACUCCCAGGGCAAGGUGGCCCGGUCGAACACCUUGAACAUGAGGAGGAUCCGGUUCCGGGAGAUCAUCAACGUGCCGGCAAUAAGCCCUGGGCGUCAGCUGCCCACUGUCAACGAGGUGGAGCUCAUUGGCAAGUUGACGCGGGAGCAAGUCAUCCUGAAUACCGCCAUGGUUGUCGACUUGCCGGGCAACCGUCUCCUGCAACCUCGCCUGGUCAACGGCAAGACCAUUCUGGGCUAUGUCGAUAGCGGUCUGGCGGUCGACCACUACAUCGCAGACUUCGGUCUGCCGAUCCCAGUUCCGUCGGGCCGCACGAUUGUGACCCUGGAACUCCGCAAGAGACUCCAGACUCUUGCACAGCGGCGUGGCCUGGGCAACGCUGCGACAGACUAUACCAAGCUGUCGCGGGAUCUGUUGCCCAGCUGGUGGGUCAAAGACAGGUGGGCGAGGCCGAUGGCCGACCUCGAUGGCAAGAGCCACGAGGCAUUUGUCGGCGACUUGCUCGACCGGCAUCCUCCCGCGACAAUCAGACCCCGGUUCCGACGACCGGUGCUGCCACCUGCAGCGCCGAUGGCGCCAAUGCAGCCGCUGCCGCAACCGGCUCCCGCCCCGCUUCCUCUUCCUCCGCCGCCAGCUCCGCGAAACGCUGCAGCCUUGUUUCCUCGUCCCGGCCAGGCCAACGCCGCCUCUGGCGGUGUGGUGCGUGCUGGUGCCACUGUAAACAGUGGUUCGAUCGACCCGCGCCUCUUGGCUGCGGGGUCGACGACGACGGCAAGUGUUGCCGCAAGUGGAGUUGGCGGUGCGUUCCCGGGCUCUUCUGCCGGUGCCCCUGGGGCCAGAGUACGGCAGUUUCAUGUGGUCACGCCGAGAGGCACCUCCUAUUUCGUGGAGGCGGCCACCCCUGAAGCUGCACGCCAGGUCGCCCAGCCUGCGGGAUGGCAGGCUGAGGUUGACCAGGGCAACGACUCUGGUCCUGGUGCUGGUGGGUUUGUCUGGGGAGAGGAGGAGGAACGGGCGGCCCGGUGUCUGCAGGAGUUUCUUGCGAGUGGUCAGUGGGAGGAGGGGGCUCAGGGGGAGGAGGAGUGA